AUGGAAGAGUUUUUCACAAAAUUGACUCAAUUUGGUUUGCAACUCGAAGAAUCUUGUCGGGAGUUGAGGACUACAAUUGAAAGUCCUGCGUUAUCCUCGGGAUAUCAUGAAAAUCUUCGUGAUAUUUCGAUACAAAGUAAAUCAUUGUUGAAUGAAGUAAUUGCAUUAGAAAAAAUCCCAAAUAUCAAUCAUCCUAUGUUGAAUUUGGUUUUGAUUACGAAAAAUGUUUACGAUAAGAUACAACAUGAAAUAAAUUUAUUGGAGGAACAGUUACGAGAAUUUGGAUUGGAAGAAAUUUUCGUUGCGAAAUCAACAAUUGUUAAUGAGGAGUUGAUUGAGGAGUCAUCUAACGAACCUUUAAAGUUGAAUCCUGAACGAAAUACAUCGCCUGUUACCAAAGCAUUUAAAAGGCUUUCCACUCAAACACAAGAAAGUCCGACACUUGAAAGUUUUGGUUUAUCGGAUCACGCGUUGGCACUACUUAAAGCUGGUACCCCUGAAAUGAUUAAAGAUUAUGGAAUUCAACUAAAUUCUAAUGAAUCGAAAAAAAAGGAUAUGCAUAUUCAAAAAGUUACUAAUAAAAUUGACGUGACACCAACGCCAACUUUGGAACAUCAGCAAAUAUCGCCUAUACCAAGUUUUCCAUCAGAUCAAAUGCCAGAAUGUACACAAAUUAGACCUAUUACAAAAGAAGAGAUGACAACUCUUGGUUAUGAUAUUCGCAGACAAGUUUCUAUGGAAUUUUUAAAUCAGGUCAUAUAUGAUAUUAAUGAGAUGGUUGCAGAUAAACACGACUUGCCAGAUUUUCCACGACAAGCUUGGAAUGAAUUCACGUAUGAUGAACUUUUGAAUGAAAUUGGAGUUGGAGCUUUUGAAUCAAAUCAAUCCGAAAUUUCAAACUCAUUAGGAAAUACUCAACCUAAACAUUGCGGCAAGAAGAACAAAGGAUAUAUUACUCAACGAAAACCAGAAAAUGUAACCUGA